AAUGGUUUAAAGAGAAUGACAGCAAUUUCAAUAUUGUCUGAAAAAGUCAUGGACAGUUUACUUGAUAAAAUGCCAGCGAAGGGGAAGUAUAUAGCAGGCAAACAGGUCUCAAGAUGGGAAGCAGACACGGAUAAUGUUGACAUCGAAUAUAAAAACUUGGACACACAGUCAAUAGCCUCUGUGCCUUUCUUUAGUGGGCGGAAAGGAUGCCUACUAAAGAUCUUAUUCCUACUGGUAUUUUUUUCUGCUGGGAUGAUACUGGGUUAUAUGAUCAGACGAAACAUUCAUGAGACAUUGAUCAAACAGAAACCAGCAGUAGAACAUCUAGGAAUUAAACAGAAUUAUGAUGAUUCACUGCGACAGAAGAUUCAGGCAGAUUUGAACGAUACUGCUAACUACAAGGACCAUCUCAAUGAGAUCUCCAAACAAGUGAUGCUAUCAGGAAUUGGUACAACUAAUAAGUUUAUAGAGUAUCUGAUAUCUUUCUGGUCAACUUUCCCUCUUGAUUCUGUCAAAAUGAAACAAUACAGUGUCUUAUUAUCAUAUCGUAAUUACACAUCAAAAUCUAGCAGCAUUUCAGUAUUAUCAACGAUGCCAAAUACCAGUGUAGUAUUCCAAGCCCAUUAUAACCAUGACAACAUGUCUGGUAUACAUCCAGAUUAUAUACCAUUCAAUGCCUACUCUCCUUCUGGUUUUGUCAGGAGCAAACUCAUCUAUGCAAAUUAUGGAUGCAAACAAGAUUUUUCAAGAUUAAAAAAGUUAAAUGUUACUAUCAAAAAGAAUGUUGUUUUAGUCAAGUAUGGAAAAAUACACCCAGCUAAUAAGGUAUUACAUGCACAAACUGAAGGAGCAGCAGGAGUCAUCCUAUAUCCUGACCCUGCAGACUACGCUAAUGGACAAUCUAUAGUGUAUCCUAAAACAUGGUGGUUACCAGGGUGGGCAGUGCCUUUAUCACAUGUUAGAUAUAAUUUGGUGGGGGACCCUCAGACACCUGGAUAUCCAGCUAUUAAUGGUGCACCACACACUUUAGCAGAGAAUGCUGACUAUCCAAAAAUCCCAGUCCAACCAAUUGGUUAUGAUGAUGCCAGAUAUCUUAUGAGUCAGUUAGGUGGACAAACAGCACCAGAAGAAUGGAAGGGCUGCUUGAAUGUGUCAUACAAAACAGGUCCUGGUUUUAGUGAUGAAAGUUUACAGUUAGAAUUAGAUGUUAAUAAUGUGAUAGAGAGAAGAAAUAUCUCCAAUGUUAUAGCUGUUAUAGAUGGAAAAUAUGAAAAAGAUAAAUUUGUUAUAAUUGGUGCUCAUACAGACUCUUGGACCAAAGGUGGUGUAGAUCAUGCCACAGGGUAUAGUGUGAUCUGGGAACUAGCCAGAGGAUUCAGUGCUCUUGUUAGAGACGGUUGGAGACCAAGAAGAACUAUUAUGUUGGCUUUAUGGGAUGCAUCUAAAUAUGGACAUAUAGGCUCCUUUGAGUGGGUCCAGGAAUAUGAGAAGAUGUUAGGAAGAGGUGCUGUAGCCUAUAUAAAUCUUGAUUCUGUGAUAAGAGGAAACUAUUCCUUUCAUGCUGAAGCUAACCCAUUACUAUACAGUAUUAUAAAGAACUCUACACAGAAAGUGCCUUGUACAGACCCUGAUUAUUAUGAUAAAUCAGUGUACGAUAUGUGGUUAGAGAGAUUCAUGGAUCCAGGGAAACCAUCCCAGCCAAAAAUAGAUCCAUUGAAUGGAGACAGUGACCACACACCAUUUGAGUAUUAUCUUGGAGUUCCUUCAGUGUCACCAAUGUAUACAUUUAAUUCAAAGAUUUAUCCACAUUUGCCAACAUACCCAGCAUUUAGUACAUUAGAAGAUGAUAAAGAAUAUGUAGAAACAUUCCUGGACAAAGAUACCAAACUUGAGCAGACGGUCACUAAAAUUGUGGCAGAUAUGGUAUUACAGUUGGCGGAUUCAGCAGUGCUUCCAUUUGAUGUUCAAAAUUAUGCACAAGUUUUUGACCGUGGAAAGAAAUUUUUAAAAGAGAAUGAAGCUGUUAUUUCAUCUGCUAAUGUAGAUAUUAAUGUAUUAUAUUCAAAGAUUGAUAUAUUUAUAGAAGCUACAAAGUCAUUUGCAUUUAAUGUAUCAAGUAUUAACCUUGAUUCUUUAAAAGAAUCAGAUUUGUAUUUAAUUAAUGAUAAGUUGAUGGAACUUCCAAGAAUAUUUAUAAACUACCAGGGUAUUCCUGGAUAUCCACAGUAUAGGUAUGUACUAGAACUUCAAUAA